UAUGAAAGGCGUCUUUGGAAAAUUCCUAAUUUCAAACCUUUACGCUUUCUCCUUCAAACUAAAAACGAAACCAACGAAUCCUCCACCAGCUGCCUGACAACCUCACCUGCCACCCUUCCGCCGCCGGCCGAGGAGCUCGCCUCCGUUGUCGCUUCUUCUCCUCCGACGUCUUUGUAACUCGAACUGCUUGACAGUUUACAAUAAAACACGAAGAGAGAUGCCAAAUUUGUGUAGCGAACUAGAAAAACAUGACACUGAUUCUGGGCAUCAUCCGGGGGAGGAUAGUGAAUAUGCUAGGCUGGUUGUUUCUAAUGAACCGACUGCUGAUGGAAUGGGCAUCUUACAACCUAGAUCACCCGUGAGGAGUAAAACGUUCAGCUGGUGGAUCAAAGCCUUUGUGUGCUGCUUUUUAGCAAUUAUAUUGCUUAUUGUUUUCUUUAAAUGGGGAGCACCGUUUCUUUUUGAGAAGGUUCUAAUCCCGACCAUGAGAUGGGAAGCAACUGCCUUUGGUCGCCCUAUUCUUGCUGUUGUGCUUGUUACUUCUCUUGCCCUGUUUCCUGUGUUCUUAAUACCUUCCGGUCCAUCCAUGUGGUUGGCUGGGAUGAUUUUUGGCUAUGGUCUUGGAUUCCUCAUAAUUAUGGUCGGAACAACCAUCGGAAUGGUCCUACCAUAUUUGGUUGGACUGCUUUUCCAUGAACGUAUCCAUCACUGGUUAAGGAAAUGGCCCCAAACAGCUGCUGUGGUUCGACUUGCAGGAGAAGGAGACUGGUUCCAUCAAUUUAAAGUGGUUGCUCUGUUUAGAGUUUCACCUUUUCCUUACACAAUAUUCAACUAUGCAGUUGUGGUAACCAGCAUGAAGUUUUGGCCCUACUUAUGGGGAUCGAUCACUGGAAUGAUUCCAGAAGCUUUUAUUUAUAUCUACAGUGGUCGAUUAAUAAGGACAUUAGCCGAUGUUAGUUAUGGCAACCAUCGCUUCACCACUGUGGAAAUUGUAUACAAUGUUGUUUCCUUCAUCAUAGCAAUUAUUACCACAAUUGCUUUUACCGUUUAUGCAAAGAGAGCUUUAAAUGAUCUUGGUAACCGAGAGACUGUCGUGGAGGACGAGCACGCCUCUUGCCCGGGUGGCCUGGAGAUGGAGAACCUUCGAUAUGAAAAGUGGUAAGCUUGUGGGGGUCAUUGUCUACCAUCAUAGCUUGGAUUGGUAAGGAUAAGAUAAUUGAGUUAGAAAUGUAUAUUGGAUUUGAUUUAGGUUUUCCAUGAUGAUGUUCAUUUUGUGAGACUUGAUUUCUAUUCAUCUUUUGCGCGUAAAUAAAUUUAAACAGGGUAAAAUG